ACAUACCACACAUACCACACAUACCACGGUCAACCUCGAUAACUCCACUACACAACAAUCCCGCGCCUAGGUGUGGACCCUGCUGGUGCCCUUUCCCUCCGCCCAAAGCGAGUCAUAUAUGAGGCUACAGUACAUGUAUGUACAUACAUUACGGUCCAUACGUUACCUGACCUUACCAUACCUCACGCUACCGUUCCGCUGGCUGCUGGCCUUACCAACAAUACAAGGAGUACACUCCCAGGCACACACACACAGCCCGCUCUGAGGAGCCUUGGGAGAACGCUCCAACAACCCGUGGACAGUAUGGCAACUUUCUCCAAACUUACCUGGAGGAGAUCAUAAUAUCUCUAUUAUUAUUCUUGCGGUGGUGGGUGGAGAAUACGUCAAAUUAAUAAUUGCUAUGCCGUUGAGGAAUGCGAAUAUUCAGUGGAUGAAACAGGGGAAGAGAGGGCAAUGGGCUGGUGCUUGGGGUCGGGGUUUGGGAAGACCUUGUCCCGUCCAUUGCAUAAACGUUUACACAGAAAACAGCAUCAUCCCCCCUCCCUCCCCUCCCCUCCCCUCCCCUCCCCCGAAUUACAAGAGUUGUAUCCAAAACAUUGUAUUAUUUAUUUAUUUCCUUCCUUCUUUCGUUCUUCAUGCUGGGGCGUCUUUGCUGAGUCGGACGGGGAAACAUUUAUUAAAUUUUAUUAAAUUCAAGGCUUCCAGGUCACUAUUCAAUCCCAUCCAUGCCAAGGCCAAUUUUCACCGAACCUCUCCAAACGAUUUUCGAGCAACCUCCGAAAAUCACAUGAUUAAAGUGGUCAUAAUUUUGACCCCAUCGACUACGCCUGGCUGCCCCUCCUAGAUUUUGAUUCAGUUCAGAAAAGUUCAUUGUACUGUCAUUGAUAUAAAGUACAUUCCUUGAUGCACAUGCAACUAUUAAAAGUGAUACCAGUGCCUGGAAAUUAUGGAAUGUCCACUGUCAUCAAUAUUGGCAAGGGCACAGUUAAUAAAGAGUUCUGAAAAGCAACUGCACAGAAUGACAAAGAGCUGAAGGAGAAGAAGAGUGGAACUGAUGUUGUUGUUCUUGAGAAGGAAUACUUCGUGGGCAAACACUUAGAUGGCCGGCCGGGUCACACAUGAAAAAGAGGGAGACAGUGUCAUCCACUCACGCGCAGCCGAGGGAAAAAUUCAUAUUCUUCUCACAGGGCCCAAGGCAGUGCCAGCAGAUGAGCUAAGAAUCCUCAUCUUGAAUGAUGUUCAGAUCAGCCUGGUGUUUCAGAAUGUAUUAAUUUGAUGAUUUAUUCCCAGAGAUUCCUGAUCCUUGAAACAUUCAGAAAUAUUGUGAAAAUCAAACAGUUAAAUUCCCUCAAUAUCUCAGGAGUCAGAACUGACUUCAAGGCUGUGGGGCAAGAGCAGUUUGACAUGAAUGUAUGAAGAAGUCAGAUUGAACAAGGAGUAUUGUAGCUGUUCUGUGUUUGCAGAUAAUUAUCUUGAUAAGUAUGGAGAAAGUUGACAAGUUAAGAGAAAUAGAACAGUAUUAUCUGUUUAUUCACUUCAUAGCUUUGAGAUGUAUGAUGUAUCUACAUACAUACUGUUAGCAAUUUUUAUUUUCUCUUCAUAUAUUUAGAAAUAGAGAUUAAUCAAAAAUCAGAAUCAGAUUGCUAACAACAACUGCAUCUGAAUUCUGUUAAAAUAACUAACUAG